CAAAUCCACCUACUUCAUUGCUUCUUCAGGGACAGGAGGACUGGAAGUGCAGCCGAGGAAUCCCGGAAAACAGAUCAAGAGGAUAUUGUGGAUUUAAUUGAAGUUUAGGAAAAUUGUGGGGCUAAAACAACAGCAAGCAUCACAAACUGGAGAAUAAAAUUAUUCUCAUUCUCAAACUACCCAUUGUUUGGGGGAAACUAAAACUAGCAAGGACUUAGCCAGACAGAAGGGGGAUUUGGAGGCCUUGCAUGUGCACGGGUGAGGUGGUCAAACAACUGACAACCCAAAAACUUGCUGCAACCAAUGUAAACAGACUGUACCAUGCCAACCCUGCUGCAAAUAUGGCACAAGAGGACCCAGGCUGCAACAGGACAUACUUUACUCCUUUUAUUCUUCUUUGUUAUCUUCAUCCACCAGGUAACAGGCUCAGUUCUUGGAAGUCUAAUAGCUAAACGGACCGAAUACUGGGAGGAAUGUAACAUAACUCUGGCAACAAGGGCACUACCAGAAAAUGGAAUCUAUUGUAAAGGAACGUUCGACACAUUUGUGUGUUGGCCCCAUUCAUCUCCUGGGAAUGUGUCUGUCCCCUGUCCUUCUUACCUUCCAUGGAUCAACAGCUCCAGGAGGGCAUACAGGGAAUGCUUAUUGAAUGGCGUAUGGCGAAAGAAGGAUAAUUCCUCUGAGACCUGGAGGGAUGACUCAGAAUGUAAGGAGGACCAUUAUUUCAAAGACAAGGAGGAUGAAAUGCUGCGCCAGACAGCCCUCAGGCUCAUAUCGGUCAUCGGCUAUUCCAUGUCCUUGUCCUCUCUUUUUAUUGCUACCCUCCUGAUGGGCAUGUUGAGGAAGCUACACUGUACCAGGAACUACAUACACAUGAAUCUCUUUGUGUCAUUCAUCCUGAGGGCCAUGGCUGUCAUUUCUAAGGAAAUUGUAUUAUACAUCAUGUAUUCCAAACUACCCAAAGACGAUCCAGGAUGGAACUCCUAUUCAAUCUCUACGAUAGCGUUGAUAUGUAAAUUUUCCAAAGUUUGUAUGGAAUACUUUGUGGCCUGUAACUUCUUCUGGCUCUUGGUGGAAGCCAUUUUCCUCCGCACACUGCUCUUCACAGCUGUGCUGACCAAGAGACAUCUGCUGAAGAACUACAUGCUGCUUGGAUGGGGCACACCUAUUUUGUUUGUAACACCAUGGACAGUGGUCAAGAUUUUAUAUGAAAACACAGAAUGCUGGUCAAUUGUGAACAAAUGGUUCUGGUGGAUAAUAAGGGGCCCUAUUACCUUGUCAGUGCUUGUCAUUUUCUUUAUAUUCAUUAAGAUUCUGAUGCUACUGCUAUCCAAGCUGAAAGCAGAUCAGGUGACAUUGACAGACUACAGAUAUAGCUUGGCCAGAGCAACAUUGGUACUGAUUCCUCUGCUGGGACUCCAUGAAGUGGUUUUCACUGUGCUGAUAGAUGAAUGUGUGGAGGGCAGCAGUCGCUACGCCAGGAACUUUAUCAACCUCACUCUCAGCUCAUUUCAGGGAUUCUUAGUCGCUGUGCUGUACUGCUUUGCUAAUGGAGAGGUCCAAGCUGAACUGAAGAAGCGCUGGCAACUUUUCCUGUUUACCAACCACUUCCAAAUCAGGAGCUGUUCUUGGAGCAUACCCCUCAAGUACCUGCGCAGGAAUACCCGGGGGCACCGCCCGCAGUGCUCUCAGCAGGACAACUUUGUUGAUAAGGACUUGACCAUCACAACACAUCCACACUUGCUCCAGUUAGCUGUACAUGAAGGGGGUCCGGGACUUGCAAUAGGAGAGGUAAAAGGUCAGGGUUUGAAGGACUGUGACACAACAGGGCUUGUCUUUCUCAACAGAAAGAGCUUAUCCAGUAGUGAUGGGGAGUUGACACUUGCAGAGACAAUGGAGGAAAUUCAGGAGGAGAGCCAAUUCUGAUCCCCUUUAGUGGGUUACUUUUAUCAAAUAAUAUCAUUGUAUAUAGCAACUGCAUAUCAAUAUAUUAUUGAUGCUAAAUCAUUUGUGCAUUCAUACCCUGUCCUUUGAUGCCUUAUGUUGAAAUUUAAACCUUUCCAAUUGUUUGUAUUAUGUUUAUGGUGUAUUUAUCAACCCCAAAAGGCCACAUAUAUAGUUAAUACAGACAAACAACUCUGUCACUUAGUCUGUAUUAGUGCCUAUUCCACAGGAAACGCGUUGUGAUAGACUUGCUGGGCUAGUUGGCGAGGGAGAAUACUAACCCUACUGUUUCCUUUACUUGUUUUAUUUUGUUUUGGGGCUAUAACAAUUUUCAUCUUCCAUCUUCUAAAGAGGUGAACUGCAAUGGAG